AUGAAGUCAGUACUAGAAUUUCCUUUGCCAAAAACGUGGAAAGAUAUGUCUUUGUUAUCUGAAAGCGCAAGCACUAUUACUAUACGAGACUUUUUAUGGGCCGAAGAUAACAAAGUCGGCUCUUUCAAGAAAAUGACAACACGAAUUAUCCAUGCUCCUCCCGAGGCAAGAAACGAACUGAAACCAAAAUAA